GCAAAAUGCAUUUCAAAAUCAUCCGCAGCGAACAAAGUGCCAGUCAAAGAAUGGUGCCUCUAAUGUUGCUGGUGUUGGCUGCAGCAGCCGGAUGCACUGCCUCCGCCGACAAGACGCUGCCGAAACGCAGCCUUGGCGAUGCCUCCGUUCCGUGGGCCACGACAAGCAGUGCACAACUUGGCAACGCUUGGAAUACAGCCGGCAACUGGGCCGGCCUCGGGGGCAGCAGCGGCGGCUGGAACGGUGGACACAGUUCGCUCAAGGCUGCGCCGUCUCCGAACGAGGUGGCAAACGCCAUAUCGGCGGCCAAGCAGGCAUCGGCCAAUGUGCUGAUCGCCCAGCAGCAGAUGCAGGCGGCAAAGGAGAACGUGCUGAACCAGCAACGCAUCGCCAUGGAAAAGGAGACACAUGCCGCGAUACUCACGCAGAAGUCGGAGGCAGCUGCGGCCAUACAACGCUCGGAGGCGGCUUCGGCAGCCUCGGCCGUGGUUCUGGCCCAACAGCGCCUGGCCGCAUCCAAGGCAGCGGUGGCCUAUCAGCAGCGCAUCGCCGCCGCUCGCGAGGCUGAGGCGGCUUCGGCCCUGCAGCGGUCGGCCCACGCGGCCGCCGCCGAGAUCCAAAAGACGGAGUACGAGGCGGCCAAGUUUGGCCAAUUCACGCGCAAUGGCAACGCAGGUGCCGCUCACCACCUGACGAUCAUUAAAGAUACAGCUUUCUCUCCGAUUACGGCUGGCACCAAUCACGUUACCAACCUGGAGUCCCUUGGCCUGGGGCCCUGGUUGAGUGCCAAUUCUGUUGGUAAGCCACCUGCUGGAUCUGGUUGGUUGUAA